CCAUCCGGGGCCUCGGAGCCUGGUCACUGUGGGAAGGGAAGGAAAAGCGGCUCCAUCCGGGUCUUAGCGAUGCUGUCCUGACAGGAAUCCUACCAGGGAGGGGCUGAGUUCGAGGGAAAUCAGCUGCCCGAGAAGAAACAGAGCCGGCCGCAGACAGAUUGCGGAACCCUUGGCGGAGCCGGCACCUCCUGCUACGCCCAGGCACCCGGCCCUGCCCCCGGCUCACGCGCGCAGGCUUCCUGAAACUCUAAGCAAUGGAUGAAGACGCAAAUCAAAUGCAGCCCUUGAAUGACAAGCAGGUGCCGAACUCUGAAGGUGGAUAUGUAUGGCAGGUCACCGAUAUAAAUCGACUCCACCGUUUCUUAUGUUUUGGUUCAGAAGGUGGUACAUACUACAUCAAGGAGCAGAAACUGGGCUUUGAAAAUGCUGAAGUUUUAAUAAGACUGAUUGAAGAUGGUAAAGGUUGUGAUGUGGUACAGGAAAUAAAGACAUUCAGCCAGGAAGGCAGGGCAGCAAAACAGGAGCCCAUGCUUUUUGCUCUUGCAAUUUGUUCACAGUGCUCUGAUGCAAAAACAAAACAAGCAGCAUUUAAGGCUGUUUCUGAAGUCUGCCGCAUACCAACUCAUCUGUUUACUUUCAUCCAGUUUAAAAAGGAUCUGAAGGAGGGCAUGAAGUGUGGCAUGUGGGGCCGUGCCCUGAGAAAAGCUGUUGCAGACUGGUACAAUGGAAAGAAUGGCCUGGCGGUUGCUUUAGCGGUUACAAAAUAUAAACAAAGAAAUGGUUGGUCUCAUAAAGAUCUACUGAGGUUGUCCCACCUAAAACCUGCCAGUGAAGGACUUGCUGUAGUUACUAAGUAUAUCACCAAGGGGUGGAAGGAAGUCCAAGAGGCAUAUAAAGACAAGGAAUUUUCUUCUGAGACUGAAAAAUUGUUAAAAUAUCUGGAGGCUGUGGAGAAAGUGAAACAUACGAAAGAUGAAUUGGAAGUUACUCAUUUGAUAGAAGAGUAUAGGUUAGUUAGGGAGCAUCUCCAGACAAACCAUUUGAAAUCUAAAGAGGUGUGGAAGGCAUUGUUGCAGGAGAUGCCCAUUACAGCAAUGUUGAGGAAUCUAGGAAAGAUGACUGCAAAUUCAGUACUUGAACCAGCAAGCCCAGAAGUAGCAAUAGUGUGUGAAAGACUGAGAAAUGAGAAACUGUUAAAAAAGGCUCGAAUACAUCCAUUCCAUGUUUUGGUUGCAUUAGAAACCUACAAAGCAGGACAUGGAAACCGGGGAAAACUUCGGUGGCUUCCUGAUAAAGACAUUUUAGAAGCUCUUGAUGUCUCUUUUUACAAAACAUUCAAGACAGUGGAACCAACAGGGAAGCGUUUCUUGCUUGCAGUUGAUGUCAGUGCUUCCAUGACACAAAGAGUUUUGGGCAGUGUGCUCAAUGCUAGUACAGUUGCUGCAGCAAUGUGUAUGGUUGUUGCACGCACAGAGAAAGAUUCCAAUAUUGUUGCCUUUUCGCAUGAAAUGGUCUCCUGUCCAGUGACAAAAGACAUGACAUUACCUCAAGUAUUACUGAAAAUGUCUGAAAUUCCAAUGGGUGGCACUGAUUGUUCUCUUCCAAUGAUAUGGGCUCAAAAAACACACACAGCUGCUGAUGUCUUUAUUGUGUUCACUGAUAAUGAGACCUUUGCUGGAAAUAUUCAUCCUGCAGUUGCUCUGAAGGAGUACAGGGAGAAAAUGGGUAUUCCAGCUAAACUGAUCGUUUGUGGAAUGACAUCAAAUGGCUUUACCAUAGCAGACCCAGAUGAUAGAGGGAUGUUGGAUAUAUGUGGCUUUGACACAGGAGCUCUAGAUGUCAUUCGCAACUUCACUUUGGAUUUGAUUUAAUCUGUGAGCACCUGCUAUUCACAGUGGGUCCAUUGCUGGCAAGAGACUCUGCCCUGAAAACUCCCAGCCAAAUGUACUAUACUAAAAUAUGGCACAUGAUGCGCAUAUCAGAAUGAUACCUUUUUGUAAAGAGAAAAGCAGAUGAGUUAUUACUUUUUUUUGUUGCACAUAGUUUAAAAAUAACAAUGGGAAAGCCUUCUAAACGUUGCUACACAGUUUGAUUUAAUUUCAUUUAUAAUAGUUGAACAAUACUAAGGUUUUCUGUCACUGUACAAUGCCUUUGUCUUCAAUAAUAAAUUGAUGAGUUACUGCUAGUAUUGGGAGUGGGGGCAGGAAAGGGAAAUGGUGGUAAUGUUUUUAAAUAGUGUUCGUUUAACAGCAGUUUACUCAAAUUUUGUUUUUUAAUCUUUGUAUUUGAAAAGAAUAAGAUUCAACCAUUUUCAUUGUUGCGUUUCAAAUCUAUAAAAGAGAAAUUAUUUUCUGGAGUGCACUAGACCAUGUAACUGUGAUGGAGUGUAAAAGUUACUUGUCAAAUUUUAUACUGACAAAGUGAAAGUGGAAAUAUGUGAUUAAAUUGUGAUAAUCAGACUUUUUCUGAACAGAUUACUAUCUGGAUCUUCUAAAAUAAAAUGUGUAACGUUUUUGGUAAAUUGAAAGGCAGUUUUUGUACAUUGCAAUUUCAGCAGCACUAUUGUGGAAUUUGUAUGCUUUGUAAGAAAUCUGUAUAAACUCUUUUUAGCAAAAGAAAGGAUCCCUGAAGUCCAUAAAAUGAAGUCCCAUCCUCCAAAGUAAUAGCUUGCUGAAGUUUCAAGUGCUUUUUUGAUGAGGAAGAUUAACAAAUGCAUCUGAAUUAGUGUAACUCUUAAGUUUCGGUCAUCAUAACCAGAAAAAAAUUAGCUGUUAAUUUCUGUAUUAUCUGCUCAUUCUUUUGAAGAAAUCUUAUCCUAAAAAAGCAGAGCACGUCAUGGCAUUUAAUCUGCUUAAAGCUUAACUUUAU